AUUGGUUCCGAAGCUAUGUUUGUUUAUUUACAAAAUUGACCGUGUUGCUUUGUGUUGUGCUGAGUUCAUUUCAGAAAAAAAUUGCGCUAAAUCGUGAAAAUGUUGAAAUUUUACAAUCUCUUUUUGGAUCCACUUGAGCACAGUUUUUUAUACGUUCAAAUACAUAUUUGAAAAUAAAAUUUGAUGCCAUUUGUUUUUUAAAAUUAUGCUUACAUUAUCGUGAAAUAUAAAAAAAAUUGUGUCUAAAUUUUGGCACACUUUGAAAUAAGUUACUUGUUGGGAAGAUAAUUAUGUCAUUUCUCUUUAAAAAUGGACAUUAUCAUGCUCUUUUAAAAAUUUGUAUACCUCCAAACUUCAGAACUGAAAAAUGUGCUUUUAGGUUAUCUUCCUUUAGGUUUGUUUUGAAUCCUUUCAGAAAAAGAAAAAAUUAUAAAACGGAUGAUCUUAAUAAAACUUCUAGGGUGUGUGUAACAAUAUUAGGGAAUGGUGCUUUUGGACAACCUCGUUGCAUUGGUCUCUUUGCUAAUGAUAAAGUCUUCUUAUUCAAUUGUGGCGAAGGUAUUAGCAGACUUUUACGAGAAUAUUAUUUUGAAUCUGGUUUCAGUCAACUUAGAAAUGUUUUUAUCACCCAUAAUGACUGGUGCAACUUAAGUGGUAUUGGUGAUAUUCACAUCACACAUGAAUCAUUUGGAAUAUAUAAAAUGAACAUUUUUGGUCCUCCUGGAAUUGAGUAUUUCAAUCUCUUGCUAACUUCAGAAAUCAAAACCGCAAAAAUUGUUAGAAGAGAGAAAUACAUAAGUAAAGAAGAUGACCUAAUUGAAAUAGACUCAAUUUGUAUCCAUGCUGAUCCUCAGAGUUAUGCCAAAAAAAGUAUUAAUGAAGUAAUAUUUUCAUAUGCAAUCAAAAUACUUGAAAUGCCUCCUGAAUUAAUACCAGAAAAAUUAGUGGAACACAGGGUACCAAUAGAUGGGUUACAUCUUUCAAAACUGAAAAAUGGAGAGGAUAUAACACUAAGUUGUGGGAGAACAAUACGUGCAGCUGAUGUUAUUAAUCCUCUGAACAAAGAAGAAAUACUUCUAGUCGUUGAUUGUCCUUCAGAAAAAUUUUUGUCAGCUUUUACGGAGAAUGAAGAUUUUAAUGAGUAUCAGUUACCCUCUGAUAAAGCUUCUCUAGUUUCCACUAUUUUUCACUUUUCCCCUCCUAAGGUUGUAGAUACAAAGAUGUAUCAAGAUUGGAUGCAUAGUUUUCACCCAAAGACUCAGCAUAUCAUUUUAAAUGUUUCUUGCUCAUCAGUGUCCAGCGAAUCUGUGUAUAAAAUACAAAGCUUUCUGCAUCAUCUUCAUUCUGAUAUUUUUAAACUUUUGCCUGAUUUCAAGUCCAAGACUCAAGAUUUCAUUUCAACAUCUUCUGUGAUAAAUGCACCUUCAAUGCUACAACUAAAUUAUCGUCCGCAAAAGCAACUGAAUUGGAAUAAUGUUGUAAAUUAUGUCCCUGAAAAAUAUAUAGAAGAUACAAAACAUUAUCCGGGAUUCAAAGAAGAGCUUCUGAAACUGAAAGCUGCUCAGAAAUCUGAUUUACAGUCUUCAUGCAACAAUGGUACUCAGUCUUAUCCUAAAGUAUUGUUCCUUGGAACUUGCUCUGCAACAUCUACUGCUUACAGAAAUGUUUCAGCUAUUCUUUUAAAUGUGAAUUCUAAUAGAAAUAUCUUGUUAGACUGUGGUGAAGGCACUUUCAUGCAAUUUGUACGCUAUUUUGGAAAAGAGAAUGUAGAUAUGGAACUACGAAAAAUCUCUUGCAUUUUUAUCAGUCAUCUGCAUACAGAUCAUUACAUGGGCUUAUUUCUUUUAUUGAAAGAAAGAAUGGAAGCAUUUAGAAGAUCUGGUUGCAUUUAUCAACCUCUUGCUUUGAUUUUACCUAAAGAAAUUUAUUAUAUUUUUAAACGAUUUUGUGAAUUAUAUGAUCCUAUAUUUAAGAAAGUGAGGUAAGAAAAAUUUUAUAAU